AUGGACGUUGACGAGCACGUGAUGCCCGCGGGCCAGCACUACAGCGGCCGCAACCGCGUGCCCAACAUCCAGCAGUUUGUCCAGCAGCUUGAUGCCGACAAGAAGAAACGCGACGCCGCUAUUGACGCCGACCUCAAGCAGAACAACUUGAGCAGCGAGGCCAAGGACCAUCGCAACGAGGAAAAGCCCAGGCGAAGAGACCUGCGCACUGUCCGCGACCCCGUCACGGGCAAGGACGUCGACAUUCAAGAUGCCAAGACAGAUUACAAAGAGGCCGUCGACAACCCACAGCUCUCCAUCCCCAACGAGAACCUCGGCAAGCCCACCACCGUCGAGGUCUCGUCCAAGCAGUCGGGCGAAGAGUAUCGCUAUGCCCAGGACAUAACGGCGCCCCCCGACCCCGUUCAGGAGGGCUCCACCUCGGACGUGCCCAUCCGCAGCGAAAAGACGUCCGUCCUCUUCUACAAAACGCCUUCCGUCAGCUACGAGCCCAUGUUCGCCUCGCUCGAGCGCAAGGCCAACAUUCUCUGCCUCGGGAUCUUCAUCGCCAUCGUCUUUGUCGGCAAGUUCUUUGGCGGCAGGCUCCUCGGCCUGAUUCCCCUGGGCUUCUGCGUCUCGUCGGGCGUCUUUCUCUGGGUCAAGGAUCUGGUCCGCCAGGGCAGGGAUGUCGAGUGGUCGAGCGAGCAGGACCGCGGCGAGACUGCCACCGUCAACCUCAUUCCAGAGUCUGUCGAGUGGAUGAACACGGCCAUUGGCAUCGGCUGGGGACUCAUCAACCCCGAGAUGUUUGCCGCCGUCGCCGACACGCUGGAAGAUGUCAUGGCAGCUUCAGUCCCCGGCAUUGUCGAAAAUGUCCGCGUAGCAGACAUAUCGCAGGGAAACAACCCCAUCCGCAUCCUCAACAUGAGGGCCCUGCCAGACUCCCACGUUAAAGACAUCAAGGAGGAGAUCCACAAGGAGAACGAGAAGAAAAUGGACCCCAAUGAACUCGCCGCCGUCGAACAGGCCGGCUCCUUUUACAACAUGGAGGUUUCUGUUGCAUACCAUGCCAAGCCAUCGGGCGGCGACAUUGCGUCCAAGGCCAAGAAUAUGGGCAUGCAGCUCGUCUUCUACCUCGGUAUUAAGGGCCUAUUUGGAGUUCCCCUGCCCAUCUGGGUCGAGCUGGUCGGGCUCGUCGCGACGGCUCGCGUUCGGCUGCAGCUGACGCCUGAUCCGCCCUUUCUCAAAACGGCCACCUUUACCCUCAUGGGCAUCCCCAAGGUGCACGCCGGGUGCACGCCCAUGAUUGAAAAGGGCGUCAACAUCCUGAACCUGCCGUUGAUUUCCAACUUUGUCAACUGGGCCAUCGGAGCCGCCGCGUCCAUGUACGUGGCGCCCAAGAGCUUGACGCUCGACAUGAGCAGCAUGCUGCAAGGCGACGACAUCAAGAAGGAGACAAUGGCCUUAGGAGUCAUGUUCAUCCGCAUCCACAAGGCUACCGGCCUCAGUAAGCAGGAUCAGAGAGGCAGUAGAGGCGGCGGUUCCGACCCCUACAUCACCGUCAGCUGGAGCAAGUUUUCCAAGCCUCAGUUCUGCACCCGUGUCAUCCAGGAUAAUCUCAACCCCGUCUUUGAAGAGACUUGCGGCCUUCUCGUCACGAGCGAUCUCAUCAAGGCCGACGAACAGCUCUCGAUGGAGCUGUGGGACAGCGAUCGCUCGUCGGCCGAUGAUGUGGUGGGCAAGAUGUUCCCUCAGGUUUCCAAGCUCUGCGGCGUCAAGGCCGACAGCAGCAUGCCCGGCGAGCUCCACUGGGAGGUUGGCUUCUUCGGCAAGACCAAAUUCAGAACGGCCCUCCGGACCGACGGGCGCGACGUCAACUUGCCCAAGGAGCUGGCUGACAAGCCCGAGUUCCAGGAGGAAAAGGGCGCCAUCAAUACCGAGGGCGAGGAUGCCGUCAUACAUACCCCUCCCGACCCUCUCUGGCCAUCCGGUAUCCUCAGCAUUGUUGUCCACCAGAUUGUCGGCCUAGAGCUCGCUAACAUCAAGGGCUCCAAUGGCAAACGCAAGGGCAAGGAGUACGAGCCGGCCAGACCCGAGGCCGGCGAAGUCAAGGAGGAGCAGGGCCGCACGCUCCCGAGUUCCUACUGCACCAUUCUCAUCAACGACGACUUGGUCUACAAGACUAGAACCAAGGUGGUGUCGUCGCAGCCCAUCUUCAACGCCGGGACGGAAAAGUUUGUCCGCGACUGGAGGUCGUGCAUCGUCACCGUCGCUGUCCGAGACUCGCGCAACAGGCAGCACGACCCCAUCAUUGGCGUGGUGCCCCUCAAAAUAUCCGAUGUCCUGCAAACGAGCAGCCAGUCUACCCGAUGGUAUCCCCUUGACGGCGGCAUUGGCUUCGGACGGGCCCGCAUCUCCAUUCUCUUCCGCUCCGUCGAACUCAGGCUGCCCCCUCCACAGCUCGGCUGGGAUAUUGGCACCUUUGAGUUCCUGUCCGAUUCCAUCACCACGACGGGCUACGCCCCGUCCACCCAUGUGAAGCUGAGACUGCGCACGGGUGGAUCGUCAGCCAGUGUCAAGAAGCACCUGUCGACCAAGGAGGAGGAUGGCAUGAAGAUUGAUAUUAGCGGGGUGCACGAAGGGCAAAAGUUGCGGCUACCCGUCCGGCACCGCUAUCGAUCUCCGAUCUUCAUCGAGUUUUAUGCAUCAGGCCACCGGAGCCCCGAUGCUUAUGCCGCCCUCUGGCUCCUGGAGCUCACCGACGGCGAAGCCAUAGAUUUCGACGUGCCCAUCUUCAAGUGCAGCAAUGGUCUGCGCCUGUCCCAGAAUUACAUUACCCAGGAGAAUUACAUGGAAAUUCCCGACACGGACAUUGAGGAGGUCGGCCGCGUCCACUUCAGCGGCCGCUUCUCUGCCGGCACCGACUCGGACCACAUCAAGUUCGUAAGCGACAACGAUUCCCGUGAGACCAUCGAGGCCUGGGAGACUUGCUACGCCGAGGGCGUGCGGCAGCAGGAGGUGCAUACCGAAGUCCCGCCAGCGGUGCAGAAGCUGCACGAUGAGUCCCUGACGCAGGGUCGGGACGUGCUCGCCCAGGCUGACGGAAAGGAAAAGGAGAAGUGGUUGGCCAAGGAUGGCACCGAUUGGAGCGGGGCCUUUGGCAAGAACCCGAAGGACCUGAUGGCGAGCAAGUCUGACGGACACGAUGACAGCGAAGAAUACGACGAUUUUGAUGAGGAGGAAGACGACGACGACAAUCCUGACCUCGAAUCGUCGCAGAGCGGCGGCAGCAGCAAAAAUCCCAUCAAAGCGUACAAGGACUACAAGACGCGCAACCGUGAUCUGCACCGCAAGCACCGAGGCCUGAUGCAGUGGCGCCCAAUGCGGAAUGCGCAGUUUGCCAAGGACGAGGCCAAGUUUGCCCUUCGCAAGGUUAAGAAGCUGGGAUCGCUGGGCGGACGGCAGCCAGAUGUGGAAACGGAGGUGUAG